UUAUUGAAUUUGUGGUUACAAGUUACAUUCAACUGAAGCAACUCUUCUUUGUGGACAUUAUUUUGUAGUAUGAGGAGUAUGGAGAGGAUUUCGUGGACAUGUUGGAUGGAAUGCUCUCGUUUGUGUUAUUUGACACCAGAGACAACAGCUUCAUUGUUGCCCAAGAUGCCAUUGGGAUCACCUCCCUCUAUAUCGGGUGGGGACUUGAUGGAUCAAUUUGGGUAUCAUCUGAAAUGAAAGCACUUAAUGAUGAUUGUGAACAUUUUGAAACCUUUCCCCCUGGUCACUUGUACUCAAGCAAAGCAGAUGGAAUGCGGAGAUGGUACAACCCUCCUUAGUUCUCUAAGGCUAUUCCAUCAACUCCAUAUGAUCCGCUAAUCCUCAGACGUGCUUUUGAAAAUGUGAGA